AUGGACUCGGACCCUAACACCACGCACUAUAUAACUCUAGAUGGGUAUGUGGCCAUAGAACAAUACAGGGCACUUUAUUUUAUCGUAAUGUUUACAGCGUACAUCAUCGUGAUCUGCAGUAACAGCACUAUUGUCUGUCUCAUUUGGAUCCACAAAAACCUGCAUGAGCCAAUGUACUUUUUCAUCGCUGCUUUGUUGUGUAACUCCAUUCUUUACAGCACAGCCAUCUACCCAAAAAUGAUGUUUGAAAUUUUGUCCGAAAAACAGGAAGUGACUUAUUCAGUGUGUCUUUUACAAUAUUUUUGCUUUUAUGCUUUAAUCGGGUCUGAAUUUUUGUUGCUAACUGCGAUGGCGUAUGACCGGUACUUGGCUAUCUGUAAACCUCUUCAUUAUUCAGCGACAAUGAAGAAAGCAACAGUGAGCUUUCUAAUAGUGUUUGCUUGGGUAAUGCCAGCGUGCCAAGUGUCAGUACCAACAAUUCUAAAUCGUAAUAAGCAACUUUGCAAUGUCAUUUUUCAAGGAAUCAUAUGUAACAGCACUAUUUACCGACUCCACUGUGCCAAUGCAGGUUUUUUGAAUAUUUACGGCUUGCUAGUUUUGAUUAAUCUCUGUUUUUUCCCUGUAAUUUUCGAAUGCUUCACGUAUGCGAGGAUUUUUAUAAUCACGAAUAGCAGAGGGGCAGAGGUGAGGAAGAAAGCUGUGCAAACCUGCUUACCACAUUUACUGGUUCUGAUCAAUCUAACUUGUUCCGCGACGUACGAUGUUCUGUUGGUUAGGAUCCAAACUGUUUUUCCAAAGACAGUGCGUUUAAUUAUGACUUUUCAGGUGGUUCUGUAUCACCCACUGUUUCAUCCUUUUAUAUACGGGCUUAAAAUGAAAGAAAUAUCCAAACAUCUCAAAAGUCUCUUGAGGAUUAAGAAAACAGAACCAAACUAA